GAACGCCUGGCCCCGGCUCUGUCCUUGGGCAGGCACCAUGUUGCAGUCAGCUCUCUACCCCCAGCAUCUAGCGAUGUGGGCACAUAGUAGGCAUUCGAGGGGCGUGUUGAGUGGACGAUGCCCGUGACAAGCACCUGGACUUUAUUCUUUCCUGACCCUUGCUCCUGCGACGCGCUUCCUACCGACUGCCACUGUCACACUUGCAGACAGCUUCUCUAGGGGCUGUGGAAGGGAAGCAGCUAUGGCCAAGGAUGUCCUGGGGGAGGCGGGGCUGCACUUGAAGGAGCUCAACAAGCUGUGUGAGUUGGACCCGGAGGUUAUGCAGCAGACCACAGAGCUCAAGGAGGAGUGCAAGGACUUUGUGCGCAAGAUUGGCCAGGUUCAGAAAAUAGUUGGUGGUCUAAUUGAGCUAGUGGACCAACUUGCAAAGGAAGCUGAAAAUGAGAAGAUGAAGGCCAUUGGCUCUCGGAACUUGCUCAAAUCUAUAGCAAAACAACGAGAAGCCCAGCAGCAGCAAGUUCAGGCUCUCAUAGCAGAGAAGCAGCAGCUGGAGAGGUAUCGUGCUGAAUAUGAAGCUUUGUGUAAAGUAGAAGCAGAACAAAAUGAAUUUAUCGACCAAUUUAUUUUUCAGAAAUGAACUGAAGAUUUCCCUUUUGUAGGACAAAGGUAAAAAGAAAAAAGUCCCCUAAGCCAAAAAAAAAAACCAAAACCUCCUCUGUCCCAUUAGAGUGACGGGACCAGGUCCCGGGAGCCAGUGGCCCCGCAGGCAUGUGUUCACAAUCCCGUGUCUUCGCCCCUGCCAUCCACCUGAACUGAGCAGGCCACACACCUUGACUCUAGUAAACUCAGCUUUGAAAAGCAAU